AUGGCUGUGCUCGAUGAGUCCCUCGGGGGCUCCUUACAACUUAUAUAUUGGAGCACAUUCACCUACGUUUUCCAGUCGAACUUCGAUCUUAGUAACGCUACUUCCCUAGUAAAGAUACCGCCACAUUCGUUAGUUAAAAAUCUGCGCGUUGAUCCCCUGACCGACACACUGACUUGGAUAUUAGAUGAUGAUAGCGUCCAAACCCUAGGACAAACUCUUUCAAAUUUAACAUGUGUUUAUCAACAAUUUCAUAAACAUGCUUUGGCACUGGAAAUUUUUGAAGAUUACAUUUUUUGGUUACAUAAUGAUGCCAGUCAGAGCUCCUACAGUUCUCAUAGUAAUUGUCAAUUGUUCUAUCAAAACAAGCACCAGAUUUACACGUCAGCGCCGAAAUUAGUUGAAAGAUUUGAGCAACUGUCCAAUGACUACAUAAAAGUAAUCAUCACUUUAGACUUUCCAUUUAUUGUAUGCGGAGAUUUCAACACCCAUGGUGAACAAAUCGACAGUGAUCAACAACUAAUAACAGUGUUUGACUACCUCGUUUUGACCCAACAUGUGCAUCCAUCAACAUACUAUCGCAGCAGCAUCCUUGAUCUCAUCCUCUCGUAUACUCAUCGCAACAUCGUCGACAACAGUCACUUACAUCAAUCAGAAUUGGCCGCCGAAGAUGUUCUGCCAAGACUAGGUAAAAAUAUAGGAUUGCCAAGAAGCUUCUAG